GUCAAGAUGCUACCAGCCUUGAAAAUGUUAGGCUCCAAAUCAUGCAAGAAGUCGAGAGAAGUGAAAAAAACCUUGUGAUGAUUGACAAGCUCAUGCAGAUGACCUUUGCACUUCGUCGACUUGAGAUUGUCAAGGGAGACCUAAUGAUCGGCGAGUUCCUACAGAAAUGGCCUGCUCUUCGCAUUGAUUCACAGAUUUGUGCAGAGUUUCAUCGCAUCACAAAUGUCAACUUGCGAAACCAGUUUUAUUCUGAACUGGACAACCUGACACCACGACUGCUGAUCUUGUUGAGACAGAAAGCGGCACGAACUGGCAAGACAUCAGAGGCUCUGAGCGGCAUGCUGAAGCUGUAUGAUAAGCAGCAAGAACAGGAUGCUGAUAUCAGACGUACUCUUGUCCUGCACGGACUUCCAAUAUACCUACGAGAGGAGGAGCCACAAUUCUUCAAAGUUUGGAAUAUUGAAGAAUCUCCCGAGCCAGACAUCAGCAACACCACUGUUGGUAUUCUGACCAUUGUAAACGAGAACAGUACAACCCCAAUGCACUUCAGUCCGGUCAGUGCAGCAGUUGUAGUGGAGGACGAGCUUGUGGUAGGCGACAUUGCCAAGUGGGCUGAUGCAUUUGUGUUGUUGUUUGGAUUGUUUUAUGUCUUGCAUCUAGACUAUCCAAAAAACCUUGUUCACACAUUUACAUUCGUCCAGAAACUACUGAUGGGCCUUGAGGACAGAAAACAGUUGAAACCAUGUUUUCUUCGCCUCAAAAAUGAUCUGUUACUGCCAGAGUAACUUGUGUAGAUGCUGGCACUACACAUAGACAUGUUAAUGUUGAUAAAUGUGAAACUGUUCUAAGGUUGUUGAUACCUUGCAUUAGAAGUUUUACUAAACUUUAGUAAAGUUUCAUACAAAAUUCUGUAAGUUUAUGGAGAUCUGCUGCUAUCUGUUCCCGACAGCCUUACAUUUGUGGAGACCUUCACAAAUAUGCCCCUAGAUACGCCCCUGUUUAAUAUUCUAUUUAACUUUGUCCUGUAACGAAAAUAUGUAAGAAAAUGCUCUAUCAUUAUUUUUUGUUGUUUUAAAUGUUCCCUAAAUUCUAUUUGUCAAUAUUUCAAAAGGGAACAAUUGGUAAAAACUAAAGUAAAAAGUUUUCUGUUAUACGAAUACUAUUUAUG